AUGGCGAUUGGAUGAACUCACGAACAGCUGUAUCCAAUUACCAAAAAUCUUCUCCCUUUCGCUCCGCCUUAUGUCUUGUUUAGUCUGUAUCUUCCAUUAAUGUCACUAUAACUUUCCUCCUCAUUCCUACCUUCCUGUUCUCGCUGUCUCUUUGGCCCCUCCCUGUCUCCUCGUCUUCCUCCUUUUUUUGGUUCUCAGCUGUGGCGGUUCUGGCGAUUCACCCAUUGGAAGAGUGGACAGUUUAGGGAGUUUUUUGAGGGUGAGGGAAGUGCCACUUUUUUUUGAAGCACUGUACCACACCGUGCUUGAUCGUUUUUAAAAGGUGCGCCUUCUUUGUUCGUGUUUGUGCCUCAGUGGAGUGUGUUCUUGCUUGUCUCUUCUUUUGGAAGCACGAGGGCUUUGAGGUUGCGACUUGGAAGUGCUCAGUUCGGCUGGUGAUAGGAGACGACAUUUUCCCCCCUUUUCAAAUGCAGCCUUGACUCUCCAAAUGCUUGCUUUUCAGCUUCGAUUUCGGAGCUGUUCUCGAAAAAGGAGGCUGAAAUAGUAAGAAACAAGAAUUGUUUCAGCUUUGAAGUUCAUCAUAAAGCUUUCUGACGAUCAUAUUCUUGACUUGGUGAGAGCUUCGAGUUCCUGAACGGUGUUGGAGGAAGCGAAAUGCAAAGUGGUCCACUCCUAAAGAAAGAAAGUUUUUUUGCAGCACGUGACCACCGGAUAAAGUGUGAGCCAUGAACUUCAUCAGGCAAUAAUUUUGACAACCAUGGAUCCACAAAUUUUCUACAGAUUGUCGAUCGGGUCCCUGGGACUACGAUUACCAGUGGAGACGUUGAAGGAUAGGCCAGGUGCAGUUCAUGCAUAUUCUAACUGUCUGUGUGAUAUUCGCCUUGGGGAUCAUCCCAUUCAAAGAACAAGAGUACCUUUUGUCUCAUCCCCUCAAGACAGUCCUGAUGCUAACAGCAAUCUUAUUGUGUUAUAUCUGGAGGAAUCUGAUAUCAAAACACUGGCCCCAAAAGCGUGCCUUCAGGUUGUUGUGUACAUGGGUAAGCAGGGCUCGCACUGUGGCCUCACAAGUAGAAGGCAGAUAAUUGGGCGUCUCAGACUAGAAAUAGGACUUGAACGGGGUUUGGAGAAUCCAGCCCUGCUUCAUAAUGGUUGGGUCGGUGUGGGGAAGAACAAAGGUGAGAGAUUGAGACUUGGACCAGAGCUUCACUUGAAGGUGAGGAUGGAUCCUGAUCCCAGAUAUGUUUUAAAUUUCGAAGACGAGACUACCUUGAGCCCGCAAAUUGUUCAGCAACAGGGUACUGUCAAGCAGCCUAUAUUUAGCUGCAAGUUUGUUAAAGAUCGAAGAUCUACGCCACUGGACAUGACAAACACAAGCGAUGAGGACCAUGGCGGCGCCGAAAAGAGGGAGAGAAAAGGCUGGAAGGUAAUGAUCCAUGACCUCUCCGGCUCAGCUGUAGCUGCUGCUUUCAUGGCGACUCCAUUUGUUCCGUCAUCAGGCUAUGACCGAGUCGAUCGUUCCAACCCGGGUGCUUGGCUCAUACUCCACCCCAGUCCAGCCAGCUCCGCUGAGAGUUGGCACCUGUGGGGGCGCCUCGAGGCAUGGAGAGAGGCUGGUCCAAGAGACACAAUUUGCCUUCGGCUCCAUAUUCUUUCAGAAGGCCAGGAGACUGGCAUCCUUGUUUCGGAUGUAGCGAUAAGCAGUGAUAAGGGAGGAGAGUUCUUCAUCGACAUGGACCGGCGUGUGCCAGUCAGUAGUUCUCCUGCGGGAAGGCUGGAGGGCAGCACACAGGGGCUUUGUUCAGCAUCUUUAGAAGCUAUCACCGGUGGUUUCGUGAUGAACUGCAAGGUGCAGGGGGAAGAUAAGUGCAGCAAGCCAUUGGUUCACCUGGCAGCGCGACACAUUGCCUGUGUGCAGGAUGCAGCUAUCUUCAUCGCACUCGCAGCUGCUGUCGAUCUUAGCAUCAGGGCGUGCAGGCCAUUCGGGAGGAAGGCGAACAAGGGCCUUUGCCAUGCCUUGUAUUCCUAGUAAUACAAAGGGCAGCUUCUCUGAGGUUCUGAUGGGGAUGGCGAUCGAGUCGUUGUGUGUUUUCCCCUAUCGUUACAUUGCUUUGAUUUGCAUGUCUGUAUCUUAAUGCUAUGAUGUUUUGCAAUGAAUAUCAGGCGUUGUAAAGGAGUGUUUGAAUCA